AUGGCGUCCUCCUGCGUCUCUUUUCAGACUAAAGUGACCUGUGUUCUGGAGAUGUUGGCUAAAGCGGCUGUGGUGGAGAUCGGUAAACUGUGGGAGGACGGGUUUGUCCUGUUUGAGGCCGAGCUGCGGAGAAGAGACGGAGAAAUAGAAGCUUUAAACCGAAGAAUAAAAGACAUGGAACAAGAGAAAAGGACAAACUGCAGCGUCAUGUCCUCUGCGUCCCAGACAGAGACAGAGAGGACAAGGACUCUGCUCACACACGGUCCUGUUAUAAACUCCGUCCAGAGUUUGUCGCUUGAGCUCAGAGUUCAGGAGAAACGGGACAUUUCGACCAAUCACAAAAUCCCACCUCUUUCAUCAAUUCCACCUCAGAACCAGGAACUUCCUCCAAAACAAGACAACGACAUCGGAAAUGAUGACUCCGUGGUAAAACUGGAAGAGGAGGAUGAAGUCCAAAUUGUCGAGUGUGUUGAAAAUCCAAUGGAGAAUCCGAGUCCAGAAGCAGCGAAGAGUCGGCCGUGGCUGCUGCUUCCAGACAACGACAACUGUGUCUUAGAUUCUAAACAACUAUCACAAAAUUUAGACUCUGAAAUCCUUCUUAUUCAAAAUGCAUUGGACAUUUUUGAAAGUUCUCCAGAACAAACUUCUAAUGACAGAUUUGUAAAAGACAAUGGGAUUUUACCACAAGGAUCGAGUAGUAAAUCUGCAGGUGAAACCAACGUCCAUCCAGAUCUAAAUUUAGCCGCUGGGAACAGUUUAGAGAAAACAAAUCACGUAGAAAAUCUGAACUCUGAUCGUUUUUUUGUUUUUAAUGACAGCGAGGUGAACAAGGCCAACAGGCGAGUCAGAGAAAGGUGGUUUAUCUGCCCCUUUUGUGGUAAAAGUUUUGACCGAAUCAGCCAUCUCGAAAUCCACCAGAGGAUCCACACGGGAGAGAAGCCGUUCACGUGUGAGGCGUGUGGGAAAUGUUUCUCACAGAGGAGUAACUUAAGGACACAUCAGAGGACGCACAAAACCAUGCAACAUGUGGCCUGA